AGCAAAUUAAAAGUCAAAUUAACAUCAACAAGUUACAAUUAGAAUAGAAAAAAAAAAUUAAAAUUUCCUCAAAUAAAACAACAAAUUCCACUGCCCUCUAGCGGAAAAGAAUAUAAACUCUCAGUCAUAUGUUUUCUUUGGAAUUUUUUUUCUCAGUUGUUACCAAAUUAAUUCUGUUCUUGUUAAUUAAUUUUCUCAACAUGGAAUCAAAAAUUAUCAGUGAAAGUGUUGCUGUUGUUGAAAGUGAACCUUAUGUUGGUUUAUCGGCUCGAGAAGAAGCUGAUCUGGAACGACUUUUAUCCGAUAAAGGAUUGACAAUCGAAAAUGCUAAAGCUUUAACUGAACAAUUAUCUAAAGAAGUAUCUGCAUUAGAUUAUGUUAACAUUCAAGAUAUUAUGGCUUCGGAACAGAGAGUUGAAGCAGUUAUAUUGGAUCUUGAAUCUGCCAUUGAUGAGACAAAACAUUUAGAGGAAAAGAUUGACCAUUAUCAAAGUUAUUUGAAAAAUGUUCGUGAUAUCGUUUUACAAGUGCAAGAGAAAGAGACACUUUUUCAAAUUGAGAAUGAAAAUCGACGUAAAUUACUUGCUGAACUUGAAUCAUUAAUAUCAGCCUUACAAUUUCCAUUGGACCAAGAAAAAUAUCUACAAGAAGGUGACAUCUCUACCGAAAAGGGUAUUAGAGCCGCUCUUUCAGCUGCCAACAGUUUAUCCGAAUGUCUAAAUGCCAAUAUACAUCCAGCUCUAAAUUAUUUGGCCGCUGUUUCCGAGCAAAAGCAUAAACUUGAAGGUAUUCAGGGUAAAUUUGCUAAAAGACUUUCAUCUCAUAUCAACAAUGUUUACAAUUACGCCCUUAAAGAAUAUGGUGAUAAUUUAUUGAAUGGAAUCAGUCCUCGAGAUUUAUCAUUACCCUCUCAUCAAGUAAUCCACAGUAUCUUAUCUCCAUUUAGUCCACUAUCUAAAUGGCUUAAAUUAAAUUGCCGACAAAUUUACAGUGAUCUGGUUAACUCUUAUAUUGGUGUUAUUCGGUCAACUUAUGAGAAGGAGAUUUUCUGUUAUUUUGAUGCAGUUCGGGAAAAGUUAACCGGUGGUCGAAGUACAUUAUCAAGCAAUGAUUCCAAUGAAGGUAAAAGGAAACACUUUAAUGUUGUCGGUUUUGAUAAUACUCGAUUAAGUUCCAGUUAUGCAUCAGCCAAUUUACAGGAUGUAGCCGAUUCGAUUUCUCGAAGUUCAGAGUUAAGUUUCACCGAAUGGGAAGAGUUUGAUUCCUGUUUUGAGAAAAUGUUAAACGCCAUCGAUCCCUUUUGCUUAGCCGAGCAAACAUUUUGUAUCAACUUUUUUGACAUCGAUUCCAAUGUACCAUUUACCGGUCAUCAUAGACGCAAUUCCUCUUGGUCAUCCCAAAGUCAAUCUAUUUCGGUUAGUCCAUCACCUUCAAAUCCUAGUCAAAGUAGCGCUGAAAAUAUUGAACCAAAAAAAUCUGAAACAUUGAGACAAUUGAUGGCGGAAAUAUUUUCAAUCUUAGAACCGGAAUUUGUAAAAUUUGUCUCUUUUUACGAUCGACUUGAUGGCCUUUACUCGAUGUACCUUUUAGCCCGUUUAACACAACACGUUCUCUCCACCCAAGAUACUGGUAGUUUUCUCGCAAAAACCUAUGGAACCAUUUUGAUUCAAGUUAAACGAAAUUUCGAUAAAUUUAUGCAAGCCCAAAAAUCGGCCAUUGAAGACGCUAAAAUACCGAAAAAAGCCAAAUGCGGGGUAUUGACAUUUCUCAAAGGAUUUGAACAGUUUGCCAAACAAGCGGAAUCAGUAUUCAAAGGAGUAUCCGCUCGACGAACUGACAUUGACCGUUGGUAUGUCACCUUAAUUCAAACAAUGUUCGAAGCCAUUGAUAAACUUUCCAUGGAACAUCAUAAAACACCAAGUGAGAUAAUUCGACUUGAAAAUUAUCAUUAUCUUCAUGAUGUUCUCCGUACCCUUAAGAUACAAUGUCUUGAAGGUGAACAAAAAGAGGCCAAACAAAGGUACAACGAAGCGCUUAAAGAUUAUGUUUCCCGUUAUUUUGGUCGACCUCUGGAAAAGUUGAACUCUUUCUUUGAAGGUGUUCAAAUUAAAGUUAAUCAAGGAGUUAAAGCGGAAGAGGUUGGCUAUCAAUUAGCUUAUAGUAAACAAGAAUUACGAAAAGUGAUUAAAGAUUGUAGUUUAAAGGAGGUUCGUAAAGGAUUAGAGGAAAUGUACAAGAAAGUUGAGAAACAUGUAUGUGAACCAGAUUCAACAUUAAUCCAGGUAAUUUGGAGAUCAAUGCAAGAGGAAUUUAUUUCACAAUAUAAAUCAUUACAAGAAAUGAUUGAGAAAUGUUAUCCCGAUGCUAAUAUAACAUUAUCUUUCACAAUUGAUGAUAUUCUUCAAGUAUUUUCAGAUAUCGCUCAAUCUCAUUAACAUGACAAUUUUUCAAUUGUUCCAAACAACAAACAAACAACAAACAAACAACAACAAUCAAUCAAUCCAUCAAUCAAUUUAAAGAGUAACAAAACUUAUCAUUACUCUUUAAAUCAAUAUUCUUAUCAAAUUCCCUAUCAAUCUCUUUCUCUGUCUCUUGCUGUUAUACUAUUUAAAUUAACCUUCAGAAUUUAUUAUUAUCUAGAUUAUUGCGACGAAAAAAAAGAAGAGAGAAAGAUAAUUGACAACAAUUAACUUUAAAUUACAAUAAAGUUAAAAAUGAUUGUACGAAAAUAA